UACUCGGCCAUGACAAGCUGCAUCCAUCCCAAGCAAUCCCGCAUGAAGAAAAACAGAGAAAUUACGCGACCUGAGCCGCUCCAUCAUGGCUUACUACGAGUCGGCAAACGCUUCCUGCUUCGGCGGCGUCGAACCAAGAGGGAAUGAGGAUCUUGAGACAUACGUGGACUCUAUCCUUCCCGGGACAUUCAGACCAAGUUUCGGAGAAGACCUGGACGCCAGGCGGUCUUUGGACCUGGACUUGGGAGCUGCAAGUCUAUGGCCUGACGACUCCCGCGACGAGCUGGAUGCUUGCUUGGACUUCAGCGGAAAGAAGGCAUCAGGUUUCACAUCUGCCAUGUCCUACCAUGGUCGUGAUUAUUCGAGUGUGUGUGAUGUUUUGGGAGAAGAAACAAAUGGCCUUGACCUGUCCGACGGCCCUCUGUUGCUGGAUUCCGACCAACUCCUUCAGGACUCGGGACACUCCUUGGGCGCCGCCUCGUCCCCCUCCAGCAGAAAGGGAUACCGGCACAGACACACGAGAAAAUACCUUCGGGACGAGCGCCUUCGGAAGGAACGGAACCGCGAACUCAACAACGAGGCGUCCGUGCUGUACCGGGAGAAGCAGCGGACGGCGACCUCCAAGAAGGAGAAGCAGCUGCAACACUUGCAACAGGAGAACGAUCAGCUUUGCAAGAAACUGGAACUGUUGACGGUGCAGAGUGACUGGUGCCACGACGUUUAUGUGAAGUACAACAGUUAUUUUCCGAAUCCAUUCGAAGAAGCCUCACAGGAGCUGAAUUAUGGAGCUCGGAACAAUGCAUAAUAAUGUAUAUGAGAAGCAAGAUAUCUUUCUUUUCUAUUUGAUUGCUUAGGCUACAGAUACUCAGCAUCUGUUUGUUGUUCUUUUAAGCAGUACCAAGACUACGGUUGUUGUCCUUUAUUUGUUUUACUUUCGUCUAUAAAAUAUAAACCUGUACCUGCUAUACGUACAAUAGAAGUAAAUGAUGGUGGCUUUCUAUAUAUGACUAUGGGUCUUCAAAUAAACUUGAUAUGAAUAUUUCAUUGUUA